AUGUCACAAAAGGGCCAUCACGGAUUCUCAAGAGAAGGAUUUCAACCUCUCACUCACAAGACAUCCAGAGACAUGAACAACCCCAACGACAUCACCAUCGACAUCCCCAUGACCCGGGUCACCACUAACAAUAGUGCUACCGGUGCCCGGAAGCAGGGCCUCUCCCCCAGUCGCGCGGACCAGAACACAGACUCAAGCGACGAGUUGGAUGAAAAAGCUGGACGGCUCGACCACUUCCACAAAGGUCCGGAGGGAAGGCGGAGAAGAUACAAAGACCAAGGGCUGGAGAACAAGACGCGUGAAGAUGGCACAUUGAACGCUGUUGGCAGGUUCUACAAGAAAAUCUACAAUGCCUCAGUCAUCACUCGCUACUUCAUCUAUGUGGCCCCGCUGGCGUUGGCAAUUGCAAUUCCCAUCAUCGUUGGUGCCACUGCUGCUCCGAAUGCACGCAUUGGAGGAGUCAAAAUCGUAUGGUUCUUCUCAUGGAUUGAGGUUUUGUGGGUUUCUUUGUGGAUUUCAAAGCUGCUGGCCAGAUUCUUGCCCUAUUUGUUCCAAUUCUUCAGCGGCGUUGUCAGUUCUGGUACACGAAAGUAUGCGUUGGUCCUUACCGCUCUGGAGAUUCCCUUGUCUUUGGUGGGAUGGGCAAUCAUCUCACUGAGUACAUUCGUUCCUAUCAUGACCCUCAACCCCGACCAGAGAGCACGCGGAGAGACGGGCCUCAAAGACUGGGAAUCCGUCGUCAAGAACAUCCUCUUCGCCUGCUGGUUCUCAUCUUUGCUCUUCCUGGCCGAGAAAUUUCUUAUCCAGCUCCUGUCCAUCAGCUAUCAUCGCAAAACUUUCGACGACAGAAUCAAAGAAUCCAAACACAACAUACACCUAAUCACUUUACUCUACGAUGCCUCACGGAAGAUGUUCCCGAUGUAUUGUCGAGAGUUUUUAGAAGAGGAUUACCUAAUCAACGAUACACUGGAUCUCGCCGAAGCUAGUAAACGAACCAGUUUUCUUGGGGGCCACAAGAGAUCUGGGUCUGCGACGCCCAUGAGACUUAUUCAGAACGUUGCUAGAGUGGGUGACAAGGUAACAUCGGCCUUUGGGAACGUGGCCCAAGAGAUCACCGGAAAGAAGGUCUUCAACCCGACAUCGUCACAUUCUGUCGUUGUGCAAGCACUUGAGAGGAAGCAUUCCGCGGAGGCUCUGGCCAAGCGUAUCUGGAUGUCAUGCGUCCUCGAAGGCAAAGACGCACUCGGCAUUGAGGACUUGAUUGACGUGCUUGGCUCAGAUCAUGAGGACGAAGCUCACGAAGCCUUCGACGCUCUCGACGUAGAUGGCAACGGUGACAUAUCACUCGACGAGAUGAUCCUUCGUAUCACAGAGUUUGGCCGACAACGUCAAUCCAUCGCAAGCAGCAUGCACGACGUCGAUCAAGCCAUUCAUGUGCUUGACAACCUUCUAUGUACGGUGGUCUUCGUGGGCGUUAUUUUCAUCUUCGUUGCUUGGCUGAACAAAAGCUUCACAACCACCUUGGCGACUGCAGGCACAACGUUGCUCUCGCUGUCUUUUGUCUUUGCGGUCACUGCUCAGGAGGUUCUCGGUUCUUGCAUCUUUUUGUUCGUCAAGCAUCCGUUUGACGUUGGCGACCGGGUGGACAUCUCGGAUAAUCAGUAUGUCGUGGAACGCAUGUCGCUAUUGUACACUGUCUUCCGACGUAUCAAAGACCAGAAGCGAACACAAGUUCCCAACAUUGUUCUCAACGCCCAAUGGAUCGACAAUGUUUCCCGCAGCAAAGCGAUGCGGGAGCAGAUUAGCAUUUUCGUCAGCUUUGAUACGACUUUUGAGGACAUCGAUCUUCUGAAGAAAGAGAUGACCAACUUUGUCCGCGACAAGGAUAACGCGCGUGACUUCCAACCGGACCUCGACAUUGAAGUCCUGGACGUGGCUGAUCAGAGCAAGAUGGAGUUGAGAGUUGAGAUUCGUCACAAGUCGAAUUGGGCCAACGAAUCAGUGCGAGCGGCUAGACGAAGCAAGUUUAUGUGUGCGCUUACUCUGGCCUUGCGGAAGAUCCCCAUCUAUGGGCCUGGGGGUGGUGGUCCGGCAGCUGGUGACAAAGCUAAUCCGACGUACUCUGUCGCUAUCACCGACGAGGUUGCCGCCAAGAACAAGGAAGAGUUCGAUGAGGCCAAAGAUAAGGCCAGACUGGUGCCUUUGAAGUCACUUCACCGCGAACAGAGCAACCUGAAAAAGACCGACUCCGACGGCAAAGACUACUUGGGUAUGUCAACAGGUGUGGAAGCCACGGAAGCCGCCGCGGUCGAUCACUUGACAAGGCGAGAGGUUGCGGUCGAUCCCGCAGAACCUCUCGACGAGCACCAAGAACUCGUCCUCAACAAGCAGCGCACGCAGGAUGUGGAGGAAAUCAAAAAUCUGCUGAAGCGCGAGUCAACGACUGGCCGCCGCCGUGCAGCUCGCCACAGUGGUCUCUCGGUGCAAGACAGCAAUGAUCCUUCCAUGUUGGGCUCUCGCACUAUUCCGAACUUUGCUGGACCCUCGCCACAGGUUCCCGUCGAUGGUUUCCAGCCAGAGAGAGUCAGUUACUUCGAAGACACAAACCAGCCAAUGACUCACCCGACUGCAUCCCAGUCAGACUGGACUAAUGUUGCUCCGUUGAACUAUGGCCAGCAACCUUAUCGACCCUCGGGCCCUCCAGCCUCUGCGUCUCCGGCAGCAAGUGCGCCUAAUUCCAGUCGCUUUGUGGCCGGCAAUGCCUUCUCCCAACAAUUGCAUUCCCCUCCGCAAGUAAGCCGAGUACCGGUGCCGGGAAUGCCAGAACUCAAGAAAAACCUAACCCAAAGCCCUCAACGAUAG